AUGGACUUUGAAUACUCUCCCCAUCGUUCUGCCGGAGGAACUCUACACCUCCUCUCGCCAACCCAUCCACAAUACUCGAUCGACGCGUUUCCUUCCAUCAAACAGAUCCGCCGCUCUCUCUCGCGUUCUCCCUCGAAGCCGUCGCGUUAUCAUCUGGUCUCGAGGUCCCCCAAGAAGUCCCCUCCACGCUCUGGUCUAUCGCGAGCCUUGAGUGCAAACACCGGUGCCGAUUCUUCCCUGAAAAAUAAGCUUUUACUUCGACGAAACGCGCCUGUUCGCGCCAACGUGCGCAAGGAAACACCAAACACUCUUAGACGCGCUCUGAGUGACGCCAGCAGCCAGGCAAACACCACAUCCAUGGAAUUCACGCAACAGCCAACUCCCGGCGACCAGGAAAAUGCAUACUUGACCUCGCCCACAUCAAGACAUCUGGAAGUGCCGCGUGAUAUGCGCUUCGAAGUCGACGAUGAGCCUAUCAAGUUUGACUUCUUGAAGGGCCGCAACAGCCUGUCGAUGGCCAUGAACGGGACUCCAGUCAAGUCGAGUCCGCUCAAACGUAGCGAUGGAGUCAUGAAUCUCGACCAGGCCAAUCUUGGUAGUCCCAGAGCCAAGCGACGCAGCUUGCACAGUGCCUCACUCAACUACGACUUCGAUGUCUUUGAGCAGGCUUUCGAAGGUCAUAACAACGACAUCAGCGACGAUGAACCCACGCCUGUAUCGCCUGUGCGUCAGAGAUCUCCUCAACGAACCAAGCCUCUCAGUCUUCGAAGGACUACACUUCAGCAACGAGCAGUCGGAGGCCCCCGUGCUAGGCCAUUCCCUGAGUUGAGCGAAUCUCCAAGUGGACACUCUAAGGCUCGCGCCAGAAUGUCUCUCGACGGUUCAUUGCCGCUGCGCGGUCUUGAGCCCUCGGUUCAUCUCCCUCCUCCCGAGCAGAAGGUCAUUUCUCGCUCAGCACCAAAGCCACAUCCCCUCUCCAAGGCACUGAGUCCUUCGUCUUCAGCAUCAAGUCUCAAUGAAGACACGCCUCGUCUAUUGCCCAAGCAGCAACAGUUCUCUAGACCCUACCCCGGCUUUUCUAAGAGUCUGCCUAUUGGUGCGCUCAGACCAAAGUCGCACGCCGACUCCAGCGAUUCGAGCGAUUCGUUCGAGACGCCAGAAGCCUACAAGAUGGCAAAACCAUUGCCACAGGCUUUCAUGUCGACCGGCUUGAUCUCUAAGCGUAAUCGAAAUGUCGACCUUCCCCAGUCUUCAUUUGGUAGCAGCAUGAACAUGCCCGACACUCCUUCGAAGAAGACCAUGCUGCCCCAUAUUGGUGGUGGCACACCGGCUCCUGCAGCCAACUUCGGGAAGUUCUCUCGUCCACUGCACGAGUUUGGCUCUCCAACGACUCCUUGGAGCACGCAUCCCGUCCAACCAUCUCCUGAAUCGUUCGGAAAGGGCGUGAACAUUUUCGGUCUUGGCUACUCUUCUGUAAAGUCGAACCGACGUAGUAGUUUCCUUAGCAUUGCCGACGAAGACAUGUCCAAGUCACCUCUUGGCCACAUGGAUGUACAAGCCAGCGGUGACGAGAUGCCGCCAACCCCUACCAAGGCCGCCUCCUCCGGGACCACGACGAUUCGACCCACAUCGAAGGGUAAGGGUAACAGUCUGCGAAGUUCCCUCUUCGGCCGCAGAUCAUCGAUUGCACCCGACACCUUCAGUCCCCCGGCUUCAGAUGAUCAGAAGGCAGUAAAUGACUGUAAGUUUAUUUCCUCAACUACUCCUUCUUCGGAGUCAAAGACAAUUGAGGCUUCGACUCCAUCUCUUACUCUUACACCGUGUGGCUCGCCAUCUUCUCCUUCUUUUGAACAAGCCAUGAGCCUCAGGCAGUCUCAUCGUAGAUCUUGCCCAUCUCCUCUUACUCUUCGGUGCCGGGAAAUUCCUUCAUUUUCUUCUUCUUCUACCUCAUCUGCAGGAGAUACUGAAGUAAAGCAACUAUUAGCAGUCACGCCAUCCACCCGUACAAGCUUCACAGACGCAAACAUCCCACCACAGACUCCUCAGGAGAGCUUUACUCCACCAGAUCCAAGUGGUCUGUCCAUUUCUGGAGAGCACCGCGGACCUGUACUGUUUGGUAUGAGUGGUUUGCAGAGCUCAAACAGUUUCCCGCCUGCUACCCCAACAGGGCCAAGAGACUCGGGACUCAACUUUGGCGGAAGCGUCAGACCUGGCGUGUUUGGAGCCUCUGUCUCUGGCUUCUUCGCAAACGAUGUUGAUACAGCACUCACGUCCCGAUUCGAGAGUGUUGCAGCCGUUGGCAUUGGAGAAUUCUCCCAGGUAUACCGUGUGUCAAAACCGGUUGUGGGCAGCCCGGCUGCUCGCCACGAGUUUCCACGCAAACUUGGGAACGUAUGGGCUGUCAAGAAGUCAAAGAAACCAUAUCUUGGUGUCAAGGACCGCGAGAACAAGAUGAGAGAAGUCCAGGUUCUCCAGGCCCUUCGCGGAAACGAACACAUCCUCGAUCUUUGUGACUCGUGGGAGUCAAAGAAUCAUCUCUACAUUCAGACCGAGUUCUGCGAGAACGGCAAUCUGAAGGAUUUCCUCACACAAACUGGAUUUAAGGGUAGGUUGGAUGACUUCCGCAUCUGGAAGAUCUUGCUCGAGAUGUCUCAGGGCGUCAAGUGCAUUCACGAUGCCGGGUUCAUUCACCUCGAUCUCAAGCCAGCCAACGUGUUGAUUGACUGGGAAGGAGUUUUGAAAAUUGCAGACUUCGGAAUGGCUACUACAUGGCCUGCACCCAGACAUAUUGAGGGAGAGGGUGACCGAGAAUACAUCGGCCCCGAGGUCCUCUCUGGCAAAUUUGACAAGCCAGCCGACAUCUUCUCACUCGGCAUGAUCAUGCUUGAGAUUGCCGGGAACAUUGUACUUCCCGACAACGGCUUACACUGGCAAAGACUGCGCAGUGGUGACCUCAGCGACGUCCCUAGCCUUACUUGGAGUUCCGAGAAUAGUCUUCCCAGGUAUGAGUCUGGCGAGCCUAUGGUUGACGACAGCGAAGAAACCAUCCGAUUUGACGAUGUCGUCAUGGAUAUGGGCAAUCAGCCCGCUUCAGCCCCACACCGAAGGAGGGAGCUGUCUCAACCACCCAACUUCAUGAUUGACCCCAACGACAGUGAGGCUCUGGACAAAGUGGUCGAGUGGAUGAUUUGCCCGUCCCCUGAACAGAGACCAGUGAUCGACGAGCUGCUCGGUUGCGGUGGAGUCCAGUGGGUGGAACAGAGAAGACGCGCAGGUGCCACCGUUUACGAAGGCAAUUGGGGACCAGCAGAUGACGUCCUCAAUGCCGGUCACGACAUCGACAUGGUUGACAUCUAA